CCUGACGCCCAUCAACAUCUUCACCGACGUCCUCAUCCAGCACUUCCCCACCGUGUUCGGGGCCCGCUGCCCACCUGCUCAGGUGACGCCCUGAAGCCUGCAGGUCACCGCUCCGCCUGGCUCCAGAUGGCUCUCAUCCUCGGGGACGUCUCUCCAUGUCACCCUCCUGUCGUCCUCAGGGACGUCUCUCCAUGUCACCCUCCUGUCGUCCUUGGGGACGUCUCUCCAUGUCACCCUCCUGUCGUUCUCGGGGACGUCUCUCCAUGUCACCCUCCUGUCUCUCCAUGUCACCCUCCUGUCGUCCUUGGGGACGUCUCUCCAUGUCACCCUCCUGUCGUCCUCGGGGACGUCUCUCCAUGUCACCCUCCUGUCGUCCUUGGGGACGUCUCUCCAUGUCACCCUCCUGUCGUCCUCGGGGACGUCUCUCCGUGUCACCCUCCUGUCGUCCUCAGGGACGUCUCUCCAUGUAACCCUCCUGUCGUCCUCGGGGACGUCUCUCCGUGUCACCCUCCUGUCGUCCUCAGGGACGUCUCUCCAUGUAACCCUCCUGUCGUCCUUGGGGAUGUCUCUCCAUGUAACCCUCCUGUCUCUCCAUGUCACCCUCCUGUCGUCCUCGGGGACGUCUCUCCAUGUCACCCUCCUGUCGUCCUUGGGGACGUCUCUCCAUGUAACCCUCCUGUCGUCCUCAGGGACGUCUCUCCAUGUAACCCUCCUGUCGUCCUCGGGGACGUCUCUCCAUGUAACCCUCCUGUCGUCCUCGGGGAUGUCUCUCCAUGUAACCCUCCUGUCGUCCUCGGGGACGUCUCUCCAUGUAACCCUCCUGUCUCUCCAUGUAACCCUCCUGUCGUCCUCGGGGACGUCUCUCCAUGUCACCCUCCUGUCGUCCUCGGGGACAUCUCUACAUGUCACCCUCCUGUCGUCCUUGAGUAUUGAGACUGAGUAUUCAUUGUCUCCAGAGGAGGACUCCUGAGGACUCUCGACGCCGCCAUCUGGACAUUUCUACACAACAGAACCUCUAGACGUCUGAUCUUCAGGAACGUGCCGAUGGUUCCUGCUCCCCAGAGGAGGAACCGCCAUGUUGGAUGCACUAUGUUAUAUUUUUAUAUUUAGAUGUAUUAGAUGUAUUAGAUGUUUAGAUGUUUUAGACUUUGACGCUACAACAUCUACAGCAGCUUCACACCUACUCCACACGUUGUUUUGCCUUCUGCAUACUUGUUACCUGUAUGUAUGUAUGUAUGUAUGUAUUACACGUGUUACCUUUAAGUUUUCAGUAUAUCUGUGUAUUUGUACAUGUUUUGUACCGUGA